GAGAUUCUGCUACCGGUCUUCAGCCAGUUUGUGAAGAACCAGAGAGCAGAGAGGAAGCCCGAGGAAAUGUGGCGCAUCCUGCAUCAUUCUACCUGCGAUGUGUGGCUCCUGUGAGAGACGUGAUGGGCAGAAGAAACACCGGGACCACCUCAGAGUCUGCGCUCUCAUGCAGCCCAGGACGCGACCACUGGUGUCCAAGUGAGCAGGGAUGGCGGUGGUUGAUCCCACCUGGGCGCACAGUUGUUGAACACAAUGAAGGCGAAAUGUACAGCGUAUGAGGGUCUCACAGAGAACCAUGGAUCACCUUUUCCGAAGAAAGCGAGUCGGUCUGCUGAAACCCCUGCUGAGUUUGUCCCUCGUCUUCGCUUCUUUUCUCAUGAUCCACAAGCUGAAGCUGGCUGAGAAGGAUGGAGUAGGAGUAAAGCAUAUUCGGGAUGCCGGCAUGUGCGGCUCUUACUGUUUUUCAUUCAAGAAUGAAGCCACGAAAAAUAAUUUGAGGAGCUCAGACUCUCCGGUGCUUAGCAACGAUUUAGAUGCGCAGCGGGUCACCAACGGGACUCCGGCUUCGUGGGACGCACAGGUUCUCAACUGCAGCGAGGACGCGUCUGUGAGGACCAAAGACUGGUUCAAGCGCCUGGACCCGAGGUUUCACCAGUUUGUUCUGCACAGACACUGCAGGUACUUCCCCAUGCUCAUCAACCACCCGGAGAAAUGCGCGGAUGGAGAGGUGCACCUCCUCAUGGUGGUGAAAUCCGUUAUCGAGCAGCACGACAGGCGCGAGGCUGUGCGUAAAACCUGGGGCAACGAGCACACGGUGGAUGGGAAGAAAAUUAAAACUUUAUUUCUUUUAGGGAGCCCAACGACUGGCAAAGACACAAAUAACCUCCAGAAACUGAUCGAGUAUGAGGACAGGAUCUAUGGGGACAUCCUCCAGUGGGACUUCAUGGACACUUUCUUUAACCUGACCCUGAAAGAGGUCAACUUUCUCAAGUGGUUCGACAUCUACUGCUCCGGCGUCCAGUUCAUAUUCAAAGGGGAUGAUGAUGUAUUUGUGAACACGCACAACCUGCUGGAACUCAUCGGCUUCAAAGUGGAGGAUCACAAAGAGGCAGACUUAUUUGUGGGGGACACCAUCUCCAAGGCGAUCCCUAUCCGAAACCGGCAGAGCAAAUAUUACAUUCCCAAAGAGCUCUACGAUAAGCCAUAUCCUCCUUACGUGGGAGGUGGGGGGUUUCUUAUGUCCUCCCAGCUCGCCAGGAGGCUCUUUGUGGUCUCAGAGGACCUGGAGUUAUACCCUAUUGACGAUGUGUUUUUGGGGAUGUGCAUGCAGAAGCUUCACUUGGCCCCAGAGUUGCACCCGGGCUUCAGGACCUUCGGCAUCACCAGGCGCAGGGUGAGCCCCAUGAACAACGAGCCGUGCUUUUAUAAAAACCUCAUCGUGGUGCACAAACUGAGCGCAAACGAGCUACUGAGGAUGUGGAGCGUGGUGCACAACGAGGCUCUGAUGUGCGCUAAAAGGACCUCCAUAUGAUUGUCAACUGAUAUCAAGUCAAUCAAAUUUACUUAAGCUGAGCUGAAUGUUGGAAUACGCAGAGGACUUGAGUCUAUAACUGAUGAUCCUUACACUUCAUUACUGAAUCUGCAGUAGUGUGAAGGGAGAAACUAUAAUACAAAUGUAAUUAAAUCUAUAUUUAAUUCAGUAAAUAUUUGAAUUUCACUGAUAUGUAUACAGCACAUUCUGUCAUGCAUUUCUAAAUGUAAUAUUAAAAAGGAUUUUCACUCCACAUGUCCUUGAUUUUCGAAAAAAUACCACACAACUCAUUAGUGAGCUUCCCUUUUUUCUGAUUCUUGGUGCUAUUUCCGAUUGGAGAGUCAUCUCUCUGCUGUGUUAACCUGGAAUCAAGUGUUAAUGUACAUCGUUGUGAAGGUGUCUGUGUUUUAUGCAGGGGGUUAGAUUUUUUCUUUAAUUGUCAUUUUCUGACAUCAUGAUUUCAGUUUUGACAAGUGAGGGGAAACUUUAGGGAUGAAAUAUAUAUAUAUAUACAUAUAUAUAUAUAUAUAUAUAUACCGUAAAGGUUUUUUUUUCAUAUGACAAUUCAUUGUUUUAGUACAUUGUUUGUUUCACAUUUUUCUUUAUCAUUAUAAUUUCAAAGGCAGGCCUAAAAACCAAAGAAACUAAAGACCUGUAAUCAUAUACAAUGAUAUGAUUGUAUAAAUAAAGUCUGAGCUCUUUGUCAGCUCUGUAAAUAAA